UCUGCCUCCAGCUCAAGCUGACCAGGUACCCCGUCUUGAUGGCGAAUCAAGGAGCAAAAAAGCGCAAAGAAGAGAACAUUCGGCAUAUGAGGACACUCCAUCACACAAUCCUUUUCUGUAACGUUGUUUAUCUGUUGGUGAGAUUUGGGAUUUUCUACUCUAGUUUGUCAUGGAUGCACGGGGUUGGGCUAAUAUUCACUUCUAUAGCCUACUUUUUGCCUUACCAACAGUUAGCCGCCAUGGCUAAGCCUAGUUACGGCUCUGAUGGGGAACUCCUUGACGGAGGAUAUGAUAUGAGUACUGGAGGAGUUUGCGGAUACUUGCAUGAUGUAAUCUAUAUCACCUGUUUUGUUCAACUUGCAUCUAUCUUGUCGGGCAAGUUUUGGUACACAUACCUAGUGAUACCAGGAUUUGCAGUAUACAAAUCAUCCGGAUUCCUCAAAGGAUUUUUGUCAAGUGGUUCGGAGAGUGCGGAAGAAGAUGAGAAGACUCGGAAAAAGAGAGAGAAGAUGGAAAGGAAGGCUUCAAGAACUAAGUUCGUCAAGGCCAAAGGCCGGUGAUGAUGCACCGCUAUUUUAGAGACUGGUUGAUGCUCUUUACAGUUGUGAUUGCUGGUUUAAACUUGUAACACUAUAGUUGUCAACCUGACUUGGCCAUCUGGAAUUCUGGAGAUGUAUUUCAAGUUUGAGUAAGUUUUCACAUUUGAACGGAUAAUAUAUGCCUUUAAAUUUUUAAAAUAUUUGUGAGUGGCGUACUUAUUGUAGCCUUGAAAGUACACAAGCACUUUUGAUAUGGAAUGGGUAAGAAUACACUAUAAUUGUUAUUUUGCCAAACAAUUAAAUUUUACCUUUUUCUCUAAA